AUGGUGAACUCUUGUAGAUCUGUUUGUUCUGACCCUGGCUGUGACCAGAGCCUCUCCCAGGAGACCAGCUGCAGUCCCAGUUGCUGUCAGCCCACGUGCUGCCGUCCCAGCUGCUGUGUAUCCAGUUGCUGCCGUCACUCCUGUGUUUCCAGCUGCUGUAAGCCCCAGUGUUACCAAUCUGUGUGCUGCCAGCCCACCUGUUCCCGUCCCACCUGCUGUGUAUCCAGCUGCUGUGGCCCCUCCUGUACUAGCUCCAGCUGUUGUGGUUCCAGCUGCUGUCGCCCCAGUUGUUGUGUGUCCACCUGCUGCCGUCCCAGCUGUUGUGGUUCCAGCUGCUGUCGCCCCAGUUGUUGUGUGUCCACCUGCUGCCGCCCCAGCUGUUGUGGUUCCAGCUGCUGCCAGACCACCUGCUGUAAUCCCAGAUGCUGUGGUGGUUCAUGCUGCUAA